UUGAUCAGUGUGUGUGUGUUAGUGCGUGACUUCAGAGUGUGUGUUCGGAGGACGGAGGCGUCUGAUCGCUGCAGACUGAAAGGAGACGGAUUCCUGAGAGCCGACGUGGAAACUCUCCUCCUGCUGGGGAAGACCGGGGACGUGGUGUCCACCUGGCCCUACAGGUACCUGAGACGCUUCGGACGGGACAAGUCCACGUUUUCCUUUGAGGCCGGGCGGAGGUGCGAGUCCGGUGAGGGCAGUUUUGAGUUCGACACCAAACAGGGGAACUUCCUAUUUCAGGCCGUGGAAACGGCCAUCAACCUGCAGCGGAUCUCCUUCCCCCAGAGGCAGACCUCCAGUGGUACGAGUCCAGAGACCCCCCAGGACAAGAACCUGCCGCUGCUGCCCCACAACCCGCCUCUGGUCCAGACCAGGACGCCCCCGCUGCCUCAGCUCCGCGGCCAUAUCCCACAAUCCCCUGCUGCUCAGGCAGCUGACGGCGUCUACAGCAUGGUGACUAACAGCCAUCAUCACAAAGACAAAGAGAGCUCCACUCCUUCACAACAACAACAUCAACGCCUCCAGCUGGUAGGAAACAAACUGCAAAACACCAAAUCUCAAACCAACAACAUGAUGCUAAUGAUGAUGAUGAUGAUGAUGGCCAUGAUGAAACAACAGUGAGGCUCAUUGAUGAGUUAGUAGUUAGUUAGUAGAUACAUGAAGAACAAACGUUCUAAUACUUCUAUUACUUUAUUAUCUAGUACAUCCCAGUACAUCGUGUGUCAAACACAGUAAAGUACCAGGAUGUUGUACUACAGGAGGGUCAAUGGUCAAGGUACCAUGUCAUGAUGAAGUAGUACUUCCAGACUGAAUGUGUAAUGUGUGUAACAUAGAUGAUUGAUCCGACGGUAGAUGAUUGAUCUGAAAGUAAAUGAUUGAUCAGAAGGUAGAUGAUUGAUCUGAAGGUAGAUGAUUGAUCCGACGGUAGAUUAUUGAUCCGACGGUAGAUGAUUGAUCCGACGGU